AUGCCUGCGAUCGAGCCGUUCGACCGACCGCAAGUCGAUGGCUCGGGGGAUGCGUACAAGAGCUGGAAGACAGACGAGGAGGAGGACUUUCUGUUCGAGAGGAGCGUGAGGCCGGACCGAGCCGAGCCCGUGACAUCUCCGCUGGUGGAUGAGAAGCUGGAGGACAGUCCGAGGGAGAGGAGCAAGAGAAGGGUACAACCUUCAUCCUUCGCCAUCAGGCUGCAUCCGACAAAGAGGAAGGAGGAGGAGGAGGCUGUCUGCCGUUGUCCGGGCUGUGGGGCCAACAUCUCCCUGCUCAAUCCGCUGCAGGCCAGGGACAUCGAAGUUGCGCAGCGGCAGGUGCUGCGGGCAGUGAUGGUGGAGGAUGUAACGCCACGAGGAAACUCGACAAAGUUUCGGGUCAUGCUGGAUCGGGAGGGGAGGAGGAGGAAGGAUGAGGAGGAGAGGAACGCGAGGCUGCUUGCGGAGCAGGGGAGGCUGAAGAAGCAGAUCCAGUCUCUGGGGGAUGAGCUGGAGGAGGCCAGAAAGCAGAUCGAAUUCUUUCAGGAGCAGGCAAGACGGAUGGAACAAAACUUUGACCACGUCGUUCUCCUUUCCCGCCCUGCCACAGCCAACGCUCAAGAAGAGAUCGUUCCCUUCCCUUCCUCCUCCUCUGCCGCUGCUGUCUCCCUCCGCCCUUGCAGCGGAGCUCUGCUUGCUCGGAGGGAGGGGAAGGAAGGCGGGAGGGACUCGACAGGCUCUUUCCUCUUCACUCCUCGCACAAGCGACGCUGCUGUUCUCUUCCGCCGUCACACGGGCUCGCAGAAACCAAAGACGAACAUGAGCAGCAUACGACCAGCGUCGUCACGUCCUGGCGAAUCAACCGUCAAGAGUAAGGACGUGGCGGAGAAACUUGGGCUGCAGAGCAAGCUUCCCAGGAUUCAGAAGCGCUGGGCAAUGUGGAUGUGGCAGAGUUAUCACAUAGAGCAGGGUCUCUCUACCUGGAAGGAGUGCGCGAGCGGCAGCAUCAUGCUCCGCCGCUUCACUCAGACCCGGGAGCUCAACGAGAAGAACCAGGAAAGAGAGGAGGAGGAGGAGACGGGGAAAGAGGGGCGGGGGGCGGGGGAGGGUGAAGACGAGCUGAUUUACUUCCUCAACAUCACAUGGAGCAGAGUGGUGCACAUGAUUAUCGAGAAGUACCUCUUAGAUCACGCCGAAGCUCUCAAACGAAUACAUAAAGACAAGGAAGAAGUGUCUGCGGAAGAAAAUGCGCUCAAAGCAGUCACGGGCAGGAACCAGAACAAGAAUCCAGCUGACCCGCAGCAGAUCGCCAACAGCAUCAUCCUCGAAGACGGCACCAAGAUUGAGAUCCUGACUCAGGUCCAGCAGCUCGGGGACAAGUUCACCAGCUUCUUCCCGAUGAUCGACGCGACGGAGGCCGAGAUAAAGAGAGAGGAGCAGGAGAAAGAGGAGCAGGACAAGCGAGCUAAGGACGCGGAGAACUCUCGGCUACGUAGCAUGCUGGAGAGCCUACAAGCGCAGGCAACGGCGGUGAGGGCAGGGAGGAGGUGGUAG